AUGUGCAAUAGAAAAGAGAAAGAAGAUUUGGUGAAGGAAGGAAUGAAUUUGCCCAAUGAACUAACCUUUAAAGUAGCUUAAUACCUAAUGAGAGAGCUUGAGAGAUAAGAAAUACUUUGUAUAAAAUGCGAUUAGCACAAUGAUCAUAACGCUAAAAGCUAUUGCAAAGUAGAGGAUACAAUAAUUUGUAGUGAAUGUAUCUUGCAUGAUGGAAGUCAUUAUCAUUCCGGAAGUACUGAAAAUCCUCAACAUAUCAAGAUUGAGAGGGCAUUCUUUAAAGAAGUAUUCUAAAGCCAGGUUAAACAACUAGAAUAACAGCAACAAAAAAUUUAAAAUUUAAUAGUAAAGUUUAAAGGAUAUAUUGACUAGGAAAGAGAUUACAAAGUUCAAGAAAUAAAAGAAAUGCUAGCUAAUAAUAGUUAGAUCCUCUAAUAUGCUUCUGAUAAUCCUAUUAUUAGGUAAAAAUUUGGGUAAAGUUCAAACAUCUUGGAUUAUUUAACUACUUUUUCACUUAAGUAGGAAGAGGAACAAAAAGAAAAUUUAAAAAAAAGACAACAAUUAAUAGAUGCAAUCCCUACUAAAAUCUCAAAAGAAUAUUAUGAGCCUUACUUGAAAUUUAGAAGACUUGUUGAUGAGCAACACAAACAGCAAAGUGUUGAGUUAAUUUUCAAAGGUUCAAGAGAUGGAUUUAGGUCAAAAAAUUUCCAUGCGCAUUGUGAUUCUAAGGGACACACUGUUUCAUUCAUUCUUAGUAGUUUCGGAGAAGUAUUUGGAGGGUAUACAUCUAUUCCAUGGACUUCUGAAAAGAAUUAUUUGAAAGAUAGUUAAGCCUUUUUAUUUUCAUUGACAAAAUAAUCACUUCAUCGCUAACAUCAACCUACUGAUAGAGCUGUCUAUCAUCACGAAAAUCAUUUAGUGACAUUUGGCUACGGUUAUGAUAUCUUUAUUCAAGAUUAAUGCGAUACUUCAAAGUGA